GCCUUUGUGAGGUCGUUCUGCCUAUAAGCGAGUUUGGGAAUGGACGGUGGGUCAGCCGAGGUCGACCUAGUCGGGGUUCCGGCGUUUUCUCUGGGUCUCCGGCCGUGAGCUGCUUGUAGAGACACUGGCUUCCUGCAAGAGACCAGAGGAGAAGGGAAUGACCACUGGGCUUCUGGAUUCAGGGUUCCUGGAGCAAGUGACCUUUGAGGAUGUGGUCGUGGACUUCACCCAGGAGGAGUGGGGGCAGCUGGAGCCUGCACAGAGGACCCUGUACUGCAGUGUGAUGCUGGAGACUUUCAGGCUCCUAGUCUCCGUGGACUUAGAAACUAGAUCAAAAACCAAAUUGCCAGCUGCAAAGCAAGACAUCUCUGAAAAAAUAUCCAACAAUGUCCUGGUAGAAAGGUUCCUGUGGUAUGGUCUGCCAGGCUAUAAACCUGAAGAUGCUGAGGGCCAGUGGGAACAGAGUUUUGAGAGUCUUUAUUGCGCUGGCAUUCAGGCAGCCUUCACGCCUGUGACAACAUCCAUUCAGGAGCGGCAGCUGGGGAAUGAACUUGGGGAAAAUUUAAGUCUGAGCCCUGAUCUCCCAAUUCAACCCAUGACUCCUGAAAGACAAGCCUCCCACAUAUGGGGAAUGCAUAGAGAAAGGGAGAAUCCCAACUCAAAUGUCCAACAGGAAACCUAUGCAACAGAGAAACCCUACAGAUGUCAGGAAUGUGGAAAGUCCUUUAGUCACAGCUCUGCACUCAUCGAACACCACCGAACGCACACAGGAGAGAGACCUUAUGAAUGUCAUGAAUGUGGAAAAAGCUUCCGAAACAGCUCAGCACUUACUAAACACCAGAGAAUCCACACUGGUGAGAAACCCUAUAAGUGCAUGCAGUGUGAGAGGAACUUCAACCAAAUUGCCCCACUGAUCCAGCACCAGAGAACUCACACGGGUGAGAAGCCCUACGAGUGCAGAGAGUGUGGGAAGUCCUUCAGUUUUAGGUCCUCCUUCAGCCAACAUGAGCGGACUCACACAGGCGAGAAGCCUUAUGAGUGUAGUGAAUGUGGGAAGGCCUUCCGACAAAGUAUCCACCUUACCCAGCACCUGCGAAUACACACCGGGGAGAAGCCCUAUCAGUGUGCAGGGUGUGGCAAGGCCUUCAGCCACAGCUCAUCCUUGACUAAGCACCAGCGAAUCCACACUGGUGAGAAGCCCUAUGAGUGUCAUGAGUGUGGAAAAGCCUUUACCCAGAUCACACCACUGAUUCAGCAUCAGAGGACACACACAGGAGAGAAGCCCUAUGAGUGCAAUGAGUGUGGGAAAGCCUUCAGCCAGAGCACACUCCUGACUGAGCAUCAGAGGAUUCACACUGGGGAGAAGCCCUAUGGGUGCAAUGAGUGUGGAAAAACCUUCAGCCACAGCUCAUCCCUAAGCCAGCAUGAACGGACCCACACAGGAGAGAAGCCCUAUGAGUGUAGGCAGUGUGGCAAGGCCUUCCGGCAGAGCACACACCUAAGUCAACAUCAGAGGAUACACACAGGGGAGAAACCUUACGUGUGCAGUGACUGUGGGAGGGCCUUCAGCCACAGCUCAUCCCUAACGAAGCACCAGCGAAUCCACACUGGGGAGAAGCCCUAUGAGUGUAACGAAUGUGGCAGGGCCUUCAGCCAGCUCGCUCCACUCAUUCAGCAUCAGAGGAUCCACACAGGAGAGAAGCCCUAUGAGUGUACUGAGUGUGGCAGGGCUUUCAGCCAGAGCUCCCUACUCAUAGAGCACCAGAGAAUCCACACCAAGGAAAAGCCAUAUGCAUGCAAUGAGUGUGGGAAGUCCUUCAGCCACAGUUCAUCACUGAGCCAGCAUGAGAGGACACACACUGGGGAAAAGCCAUAUGAAUGCCCAGAUUGUGGAAAAUCCUUCAGGCAGAGCACUCACCUCACUCAGCACCGGAGAAUCCAUACUGGCGAGAAGCCAUAUGAGUGCAGGAACUGUGGGAAGGCCUUCACACACAGCUCUUCCUUGACUAAGCACCACAGAACUCAUACUGGCCAACAGGCGUGGAUUCACACAGGUGAGAAACCCUAUGAGUGCAGUCAGUGUGGGAAGGUCUUCCGACAAAGCGCGCUUCUGACUGAGCAUCAGAAGAUUCACACAGGAGAGAAGCCAUUCAGCUGUAAUGAAUGUGGAAAAACGUUCAGCCACAGUUCAUCUCUCAGUCACCACAGGCGGACACAUACUGGAGAGAAGCCCUAUGAGUGUAGUCAGUGUGGCAAGACCUUCCGGCAGAGCACACACCUCAGUCAACAUCAGAGGAUACACACAGGAGAGAAACCCUAUAAGUGCAGUGACUGUGGCAGGGCCUUCAGCCACCGCUCAUCCCUAACCAAUCACCAGCGAAUCCACACUGGGGAGAAGCCCUAUGAGUGUAAUGAUUGUGGCAAGGCCUUCAGCCAGCUCUCUCCACUCAUUCUACAUCAAAGGAUCCACACAGGAGAGAAACCUUAUAUGUGCAGUGACUGUGGCAGGGCCUUCAGCCACAGCUCAUCCCUAACCAACCACCAGCGAAUCCACACUGGGGAAAAGCCCUAUGAGUGUAACGUAUGUUGUAGAGCCUUCAGACAGCUUUCUUCACUCAUUCUACAUCAGAGGACCCACACAGGAGAGAAGCCCUAUGAGUGUAAUGAGUGUGGCAGAGCCUUCAGCCAGAGCUCCCCUCUCAUACAACACCUUAGGAUUCACACUAAGGAAAAGCCCUACACGUGCAACAAGUGGGGGGAGUCCUUCACCAACAGCUCUUCUCUAAACAGUUACCAGCAAAUCCAGACUGGGGAGAAGCCCUUUGAGUGUCAUGAGUGUGGAAAAGCCUUUACCCAGAUCACACCACUGAUUCAGCAUCAGAGGACACACACAGGAGAGAAGCCCUAUGAGUGCAAUGAGUGUGGGAAAGCCUUCAGCCAGAGCACACUCCUGACUGAGCAUCAGAGGAUUCACACUGGGGAGAAGCCCUAUGGGUGCAACGAGUGUGGAAAAACCUUCAGCCACAGCUCAUCCCUAAGCCAGCAUGAACGGACCCACACAGGAGAGAAGCCCUAUGAGUGUAGGCAGUGUGGCAAGGCCUUCCGGCAGAGCACACACCUCAGUCAACAUCAGAGGAUACACACAGGGGAGAAACCUUACGUGUGCAGUGACUGUGGGAGGGCCUUUAGCCACAACUCAUCCCUAACGAAGCACCAGCGAAUCCACACUGGGGAGAAGCCCUAUGAGUGUAACGAAUGUGGCAGGGCCUUCAGCCAGCUUGCUCCACUCAUUCAGCAUCAGAGGAUCCACACAGGAGAGAAGCCCUAUGAGUGUAAUGAGUGUGGCAGGGCCUUCAGCCAGAGUUCAUCACUGAGCCAACAUGUGAGGACACACACUGGGGAAAAGCCAUAUGAGUGUCCAGAUUGCAGGAAAUCCUUCAAGCAAAGCACUCACCUCACUCAGCACUAGAGGAUCCAUACUGGUGAGAAGCCAUAUGACUGCAGGGACUGUGGAAAGGCCUUCAUACACAGCUCUUCCCUGACUAAGCACCAGAGAACUCACACAGGAGAGAAGCCCUACGUGUGUCAGGACUGUGGGAAAGCCUUUAUUCAGAGCUCCUCCCUCACGCAGCAUCAGAGAAUUCAUACUGGAGAGAGACCGUUUAAAUGUCGUGAGUGUGGGAGGACUUUCAACGAUCGCUCAGCCAUCUCCCAGCAUGUGAGGACUCACACCGGAGCCAAGCCCUACCAGUGUCAGGUCUGCAGAAAAGCCUUCCGCCAGAGCUCCCAUCUUGUCAGGCAUCAGAGGACCCACACUGGGGAGCGUCCCUACAUGUGUAAUGAAUGUGGAAAGGCCUUCACCCAGAGCUCGCACCUCAUAGGGCAUCGGAAGACACACAGUAGGGUGAAAUGCAAGAAGAAACACCUACCUCGUAGUGCUAAAGCCUGUUGAAGAGGUGCUGCCUUUUCAACUCAGUCCUGCAUCAGAACAUAAAUGAGUGUGAUUGGAACUUGAAAAGAAGUGUUGAAGGAUGAUGUUCAUGAGACCAAAGGACAACCAGGGAGACUGCCCCUAAUUAUUAACUGGUGGGGUGUUGCUGAUAAUGAAUAUAACCGCUGGAAAAACAGAUUUAACUUUUUACUCAGUUGAUUUGCAGUUAUAAUAGGGUCAUUAAAAGUGGUAUUAGUGAAACCUGAGAAUUGCUUAUAAUGAAAAAGUAUGCACUGAUAUUAUAUUUGUUAUAAAUUAUUUAUGUGUGUAAACAAGGACGAAAAGGGAAGAUAAAUAAACCAUAUAUUUCUGUGGCAGAA